UUUUUAGAGAGAGAGAGAAAUAGGAGAGAUCUGAAAUAUUAUUAAUAUUAUUAUUAUUAUGGGUAGUGUUGGAAAUGACGAUAAUAUUAUGAUGGAGGAGGUUGUCGCCGGAAAUAGUGGCGGAAAAGUGAUAAGUUGCCGAGCUGCGGUGGCGUGGGGGCCGGGACAGCCACUGUCGGUUGAAGAAAUCCUGGUUCAACCGCCUCACAGAAUGGAAGUUCGAAUUAGGAUUCUUUUUACUUCCAUUUGUCAUACUGAUCUUACUGUUUGGAAAGGCCUGAACGAAGCGCAAAGAGUUUAUCCACGUAUUUUCGGUCACGAAUCAGCCGGAAUUGUAGAGAGCUUAGGGGAAGGGGUGAUGGACUUUGAAGUGGGAGAUCACGUGGUUCCAAUAUUUAACGGUGAAUGUGGAGAUUGCGUUUACUGCAUCCGCAGAGACACAAAUUUAUGCGAGAAAUUUCGAGUGAACCCUCUCAAGAGCGUGAUGACAACAGAUGGAAAGUGUCGGUUUUCCACAAAAGAUGGAAAACCCAUUUUUCAUUUCCUCAACACUUCAACCUUUAGCGAGUACACGGUAUUGGACUCAGCUUGUCUAGUCAAGAUUCACCCCAAUGCCCCACUCAAGAAAAUGACUCUGCUCAGCUGUGGUGUUUCCACAGGUCUCGGUGCUGCGUGGAACACUGCAAACGUCACUGAAGGUGCAACUGUCGCUAUUUUUGGCUUAGGUGCUGUCGGUCUAGCUGUUGCGGAAGGAGCUCGAGUUAGAGGAGCAUCUAAGAUUAUCGGAGUCGAUGUAAACCCAACUAAAGCUGUCAAAGGCAAAAGAAUUGGGAUCACUGAUUUUAUCAAUCCAAAUGAUCUGGGCCACAUAUCGGUUGAUGAGAAAAUAAAAGAGAUGACCGGAGGUGGAGUUGAUUUCAGCUUUGAGUGUGCCGGAAACUUGGACGUGCUCCGGCAAGCCUUCCUCUCCACCCAUGAUGGUUGGGGAUUAACUAUAGUUUUGGGAAUUCAUCCAUCACCAAGAUUGCUUCCUCUUCAUCCAAUGGAAUUGUUUGAUGGCCGUCGGAUUGUAGCAUCAAUCUUUGGAGAUUUCAAAGGGAAAACUCAACUGCCUAUUUUAGCACAACAAUGCAUGAAUGGGGAGGUGAAAUUGGAUGAGUUCAUAACUCACGAGCUUCCAUUCAACAAGAUUAAUGAAGCUUUCCAGUUGUUGAUUGAUGGAGAGUGCUUGAGGUGUCUUCUUUAUCUUUAAUUAAAUUAUUAUUAAUAAUUUAUUUUGUGG